CCUGUUGGAUCGUGGAACGGACGCUGUGGCUGCGUCCAUUUCCCCAUCCGUCAGCUCGCUCAAGAACUCAAGUUGGAAUCUUACGGAAUAGGAUUUAUCUUCGCUUCCACCCCCGGUUUGCUCCUCCCCAUCACCCCAUCCUCACCGAAACCCUAGCUUAGCUUCCAUUGCCUCCUCCGAUUCGAUGCCUGCCCUUCGGGACUCUCGCCAAAUCUGAAGGCAGCGCAAUCGAUCGAAAUCUCUGCCGCAAGUGAUGACGAUUGGUGCCGCCGCCAUUUGCCGUCCAAGCCCAUCGCCCGCGCUUCGUUACCAUCGAGUUUAUUUUGCCCAUCGAGUAAAGUUCGCUUCUUAUCCCACUUCUCCGACAUCUUUCUUGCUGGCAAGGCACUCGUUGCCACUCUACGGGGCAACUGUUGCGGGAGCAGGGGCAUCUCCGUGGCGAACUGGGGCGUCCUUGUCUGGUGAAGAUUUUAGUCGGAGUCCGUCUAGAGAUGUUCGGAAGCAUCUGAUCUUGGAUCAGAUUCUUUUGGUUACUGAAGUUCUCUGCAUUGCACCUUCUGUUAUAUUUUCGAUCGGAUGUCUCGUAGGUUCCGUCCUUCCAGGUGCAUCCAAGCAAUUCCAGAUAUACCUGAGUAACAAAGUCUUUGUCUAUCAAUACUUCUUAUUGGUUGGGGCGGUGGCAGUUGGAAGCUUGAUUCGUUGGAGGCAGAUCUGUAUGUUGAAUGACAUCGGUACUGGUGCUGAUUUGAUUAGGAGGAUUGAAAAGAUGGAGGAGGAGCUACGGAGCUCAGCCACAAUAAUUAGGGUGCUGUCCAAACAGCUUGAGAAGUUAGGGAUUAGGUUUAGGGUCACUAGGAAGGCCUUGAAGGAGCCAAUUGCUGAGACUGCAGCUUUGGCACAAAAGAACUCAGAGGCUACUCGAGCACUAGCAAUGCAAGAGGAUAUUCUUGAGAAGGAGCUUGGUGAAAUUCAGAAAGUCUUGUUGGCAAUGCAGAUGAAACUGGCAUCUCUUACUAGAAGGGGCUGUUUAGUCACUCACAAGUCACAUCUAAUUUAUGCUGCAAAUGCAAUUGCAGUCCAAUUGUAAAUGCUGGAAGUAGUAUUGCAGGAUGAGUUGCUUUUUUGGCCUGUAAUUCUGUAUGCAACUAGUUUUGUUUGGUUGUUCGAUCCCAGUCCCCUUAAUCUGAUCCAGCUGAUCUUGUCAAUCUCUAUCAUAGCAUUCCUAGUCGAUCCCAAUGCCAAUUUUGUGAAGUAUGCUCUUUUACUAUGAUUUAGUCUGUGAAUCAGCCUCAAUAAUGUUCAUCAAAAGAAAAAGAAAAAAAAUAGAAAAUAAGUUGAGAAGUGAUGUCAAUGCUUAUAUGUAAAGGUGGUGAAUUGUUGUUAAAAAGCAGUUCUUAUAUUUUAUAAUUGAAGUAGUGGAGAAAACACUAUUUAUGCUUCCUGUCUUUAGACUACAAUGAUAAGGUUCACUGAAAUGUGUUUGUUCUAAUAAAAUCACAGCAACGUCUUAUGUUGGUCGUGUGAGUUGGUUCUUUGAUGGUAGACAAUGAAUUGUAACUUGUGUACCUGGUCGCUAGCAUGGAGAAAGAGGUCUUCUUGAGGGUCAAAACUUAAAACCACCUUCAUUUAUCCUAUUUCAAAGCUGUGGAUGAAUCCAAUGUGUGUUCUUGAAUAUUUUGUGACAUGAACAUUUAAUUCACUGAGGUGGCUGCACUGAGCCUAAUUGUCUCCUAAGACAUAAUUUUUCAAAUAUAGACAGUUAAGAACAUGAAAUAAUUGUGACAAAGAUGAGAUGCUG